AUGGCGCAGUCCAUCUUCGCACCACCUUCCAUGAACGAGUAUACGCAGGAGUUCAACGAUUUCCUCAAUCUGGACCUGUUCAGCAUGCCCAAUCCUGGCGGUGUCUCAUCACCAGCCUCUGGGUCAUCUGGCUCUCGAGAAAGCACUCCACAUCUCCAAACACCACCACAGGUUCCCCCAGCGAACUCCUUCCCCGAAAUCAAUGACCCCUCCACCAGUCCAAAUACGCUUUACAGCUUUUUGGACGAGGAGGUCAAGGCACUGGACCCACUCUCUUUUGUGGGCGCUCAUCCAUACGACCUUUUCUCGCCUAUUACCGGCUCGAGCUCUGGUGGGGGUGGGGGGAGCAGCAUCACCACUGAAGCUGAGCUGAGCUCGUUUCUUGGUGGUAUCGAUCCGCAGUUGGUCGGGUCCCCCGCUGGAUCAGCAAUGCUUCCCGACUUCGAGUCAGGCCUCACAUCACCCGAAGAGCCGCCACUUAUCGCUCCCGUCAAAGUCGGUGGCCACGGAAAGGCUCGCAAGGGCACAGUCAUUGGCGGAGGUGUCACAAAGAAACAGCCAACCGUCUCGUCUGCUCACAAAGAGAACUCGAGCACAGUGACAUCCAUCUUCCCCACCGCCGCUUCGACAUUCCGUCCUAAACCUGCGGCAUCAAACAAAGGCGACGACGACGACGAAGAUGAUGACGAUGUCCCCGCUGAUUGGCGUCCUCCUCCAGAGGUUUUCGCUAAGAUGACUAGCAAGGAAAAGCGUCAACUGCGCAACAAGAUCAGUGCCCGCAACUUCCGUAUACGUCGCAAAGAAUACAUCACGACCCUCGAAGAUAACAUCGCCGAGCGGGACAGGCUCCUCGAAGCCAUUCGUACGGAACUUGGUAGCACCCAAAGCGAGAAUGUUGCUCUGCGUCAAGAGAUUGCCACUCUCAAGCGUACCCUUCUUGAAAACCGCGGUCCGGCGCCUGUUCUCCCUCCUCCCGCUCCUUUGUCCACCACAUCUUCUCCGGUUCCGAGCACAAGUAGCGGCAGUCCACUGCCCACAUUUAGGACGGACAAGGAUAUCGACAUAAGCAACCGUCGCUUCUGGGGUGGUGUUUCGCUUGGUGGAAACAACAUCACCAGCGUCCACACUGCUCGCAUUCCCGAACUCCUCGGCGCCAAUCCGUUCGCAGACAGUCCUUUUGCCAGGGCCACUGGCCAAGAGCCUGCUCAAGUCCACCAGCAAGAGAACCUCAAUCCAAUGCUCAAUACACCUACUGCCGGGCCAGGCAAAGUCGCAGAAGUUCUUCGCUCUGGUAUUGGACUUGGUACUGGUACUGGAGCACCGAAUAUGGGCUUGACCGGCGAUGCCUUCGGGGACGCAAAUCCUUUCACCGUUCGCAGUCUCGAUGCGUACCGUAUGCAUUUGUGGAACCGCAUGGCUGCACAAUACAAGUACAACAAAGAACUCAACGGGCUCACCCACAAUUCCAACAACUCGCCCUUCAGCAGUGGCAACAACAGUCCCAUCAACAAUCCAUCUCCGUUUGCCAACGCGAGCACUCCUGGAAGCUGGAAAGCGCAUACACCACCUCAGAGUCCACCGUUCGGACAGGCUUCUUUGUCCGGGCUUGCGGGCAGGAUGGGAGCCAAAUACUUCACUGGCUCGUCGUCCUCUCCUUCGAAUGCCAACUCCUUGUCUGCUGCCUUCGGCUCGAUGUCACUCUCCGGCAAACAGUCGCCUUUGCUCACCCAGCGUCAACGGGAGAAGGAACGGGAAUCAACGUCGCAAAAAGACACAGAGGCUGCGAUGUAUGCAGCGAUGGCCAGCCAGACACUGGUUCGCAGAUUGGGAAGUGCCUUCUGGGAUGCAUUCUCUGGCACAGAACGAUCCGGGCCUUCCGCAUCUCCGUUUAAGAACGCGUCGUCGUCCUUGGACACGGAGAAAGUCCGGAAGGUGUUGGAGGGCAAAGCGGUUGUCCGGGUUGUUGAUAUUGAACCCGCAACACCCAAACCAGGACCAGCAACUGUGUCUGCUGCAACCCAAGCGCACAAGUGCUCGACUACGGCGCUGACAGAGGCGUUGGAAGAGGGAAUCAGGAGUCUGAGUUUGGGGAAGAAGUCGUCAUAG